CCAAACGGCAGCCAGAACACACACACAGACACAGCAAGAGUGAGGACGUUAAAAGGGAGAGUUGAAAGAGAGAAGCAAAGAAAGCCUCUUCUCUCAGUUUCCUUGUUGUUUUGCAUCCCUGAUAUGACCCUGUUCAGCCCAAGAUACAUGAGCAUGAGUGGAGAGUUGAAAUCCAGCCGCUCCAGGGCAGCGAGUAAGAGGGCCAGCAACACCACUUAUGGAUCUGAGUUCGACCUGGACUAUGACAGCUACCACGAGGACUACUAUGACAGGGCGUAUGACUACCAGCGUGUGCCGGCAUCCCUGUCUCCUCUGCCCCUGGGACCCAGUCUGGCCAAGCGAUCCCGUUCCUCCUCCCACUCCUCUGGGCACAGACGCAGUCGAGACAGAACCCACUCCAAAAGCUCCAGAGCCCAAUCCAGUUCAACCACAGCCAAGUUGGGCAUGGAGGAGUUGCAGGUGAUUAAAAAGGAGCUGACUCUGAUAAAGACACAGAUCGAUGGGCUGCUUGACAGUCUUGACAGGAUGGACACACAGAAGAAUGACCACAAAGGGUCUCCCCUGAGAGAGGACAGUCCAGCUGGAUCACCGUACGCUCUGUCUGCCAGCAGCCCCGAGCACUCCCUCUCCUCCCUCUCCCCACCCAGCUCCCGCCAUCGAAUCCACAGGGAGAAACCUGACCCGAGGGAGCCCGAUGAUGACCACCACACGAUGAGUAACCACAGCUCUGACCCCGAGGAGGAAAUAUGAGGGAGAAACAUGAGAAGACGUAGAAGACAUGGAUUAAGUGCCAAACGUGGAUGAAGAGAACAACAACCCCCAAGCCAACGCUCAUAUCAGAGGCUCAACUCCCCUCGAACAGGGUGUACAUAUCAGACAACACAAUACAUUUAAUUGUAUCACAGCAGCUUGGAUUCUUUUUCUUUACUUUUGAGUAAAACUAAAACUCUGACACAAGUGACUUUCACACACCAAGUACAUGCUCAAAAGAAUUAGAUAUGUCAGACUAAGAGAGUGAGAGAGUAAUUAUAAAGGUGAAAUUAACUUUUUAUAAUCCGGCGUAUCAGGUAUUCCUAUUAAAUUGUAUAUUAGAGGGUUUGCACCAACGCAUAUUCCAGUAUUGAUCCAAAUAUUUCAGUGUUAAUCCAAAUGAUACAAGAGGGUUCUCUGAUUAAAACCUUGUGUAAGCAGCUUACCAAUUUAUCUUGUCCACUUUAAAAGACUUCCUCUGAAACAUACUGCAUGACAGUAACAAACGGGAAUAACUGGAAUAUUGUAUGCAUGUACUGUAAAAUGAAAAUCACUUCUGUGGAUCUGUGGAGCAAAAGAAAUCUGUACACCCUCAAAUUGAUCUUUCAAUAGGGCUUUUUGUUGAUGCUCAACUCAUUUUUCUCUUUAUUGUAUUCUAAAAUAACAGAAUUGAACUAGUCAAAGUAAAUCACAUGUAUCCCUGAGAGAUUAUAGUAACACUGAUGAUUCAGAAGAGAAACAAGUUGUUUUCUGCCUGUAAGUAUCAGUAUGCCACAUCUCUGAAACAAAUUGUCUUUUCUCUAUUUUAAAUGUAUUAGAGGAAUGUUACAACUCUCUUCCAACAUGUAUUUGGCACUUUUAAUACAUGCAAAGGCCCAGGUCUGUGUGUAAUAUUGUGUAUUAUUGUAAACUUUACUGUAAUUGUUGAACUGUCUGAUUUAAAUCUUGCUUUAGGACUUCUCAUAUGUUUUUUCUUUUUAAAGAAAACAAUGAUGGUA